CUUACACACCCCUUUUACGAAUGGCUGCGUGAAAAUAGAGUGUCUUUAGUGAAAAGCUUGCUGGAGCGAGUGAGUAGUUGAUCAAAGAGAAAAGCAAUAGAAGAACAACUAGGAUACAGUUAUGGUAUUAAAGUACCGCGUCGUAAUGUCUGUUACAGUUCUGCGUUUUAAUUUCAGGCAAAGGUCACUCUGCAGAUUACUUGCAAUACAGCAACAUCUGAUGUCUAGUCAGGCAGGGUCAGACAUACUCCUGGAGAGGUCUGGAUGUGCUGGGGUCAUUACCUUGAACAGACCAAAGGCGCUAAAUGCUCUGAACUUGUCUAUGAUCAGACAAAUCUAUCCACAGCUAAAGAAGUGGGAGAAAGACCCUGAAACUUCUAUUGUUCUCAUAAAAGGAACCGGAGGCAAAGCCUUUUGUGCCGGUGGAGAUAUCCGAGCUGUGACAGAUGCAGGAAAAGUUGGAGACAGGCUAUCCCAAGACUUCUUCCGGGAAGAAUAUAUUUUAAACAAUGCUAUUGGUACCUACCAGAAACCAUAUGUUGCCCUUAUUGAUGGAAUUACAAUGGGAGGUGGUGUCGGCCUGUCUGUACAUGGACGCUUCAGAGUUGCUACAGAAAAGACAGUGUUCGCCAUGCCGGAGACAGGAAUAGGCCUGUUUCCUGAUGUUGGAGGAGGCUACUUCCUUCCCAGACUCCAAGGAAAGCUCGGCCUCUUCUUAGCACUCACCGGCUUUCGGAUCAAAGGAAGGGAUGUUCAACAAGCAGGAGUCGCCAGCCACUUUGUGGACUCAGAAAAGCUGCCUUCCCUAGAAAAAGAUCUGGUGCAACUGAAGACUCCAUCCAACACAGAUGUGGCAGAUGUAUUAAAUUUGUAUCAAGCACAGAGCAAGGUUGAUGAUGGAAAGCCAUUCAUCCUUGCAGAGCACAUGGAUCAGAUCAAUAGACUGUUUGAAGCUAGCAGUGUCGAGGAUAUUAUGCAGAAGUUGAACGAGGAUGGCUCAUCAUUUGCGGUCAAGCAGUUAGAGACUCUCAAAAAGAUGUCUCCUACAUCUCUGAAGAUUACUUUCAGGCAACUGCAAGACGGAGCCUCCAUGAGCCUGCAGGAGGUCCUAGUUAUGGAGUACAGGCUUAGCCAAGCAUGCAUGAGGGGUCAUGAUUUCUAUGAAGGAGUGAGGGCAGUGCUAAUUGACCGAGACCAGAGCCCGAAGUGGAAGCCGGGAGUAUUGGAGGAGGUGACUGGGGAUUUCGUGGAUGGCUGUUUCAAGUCUCUUGGAAGCAAUGACCUGAAAUUGUGAUUCUUUCAUCCAGAUGGGAAAACACAUUGGGAGCUCAGCAUUAAUCAUCCACAUUCCCUCUGUACCCCUCUCCCAUGAACAGAAGCAUGGUCAUUUUGGAUGUAGGGCUGUGUUUUCAAAGCACUUUCUCUGGUCUUUAGAACUCCUAUUUUGGUAGAGGUACAACACAUAGAAUCAAACAACUUAAGUUCUAUAUUUCAAGUAUUUUAAUGUGUUUGAUUUAAAGUGUUAAUUAAAUAAUGUAGAAAACCCUUUGAAAAUAUGUCCUGUCUAGUGAAAGAUCGCAGCUGUGCAUCAGUCUAGUUUUGGGUGACGCAAAUUGAAGUAGUUGAGGAAGAGCAAGCAAAUAAAUUACUUCACAGUUUUACUAUGGAUGAUAGCAGGGUCUGUGUACAAUGUGUUCCGUAAAUGUACAGUAUGAACAGAUUCAGCUGUUGGGUGUAAUAAACCACAUUCAUUUCAA